CGCCCCCUCCCCCGAGCGUCGAGACAAGAUGCUGCCCGGGCUCAGGAGCCUGCUGCAAGGUCCCGCCCCGGCCUGCCUCCUGCUGAUGCUCCUGGCCCUGCCCCCAGCUGCCCCCAGCUGCCCCAUGCUCUGUACCUGCUACUCGUCCCCGCCCACCGUGAGCUGCCAGGCCAACAACUUCUCGUCGGUGCCGCUGUCCCUGCCGCCCAGCACGCAGCGCCUCUUCCUGCAGAACAACCUCAUCCGCACGCUGCGGCCCGGCACCUUCGGGCCUAACCUGCUCACUCUGUGGCUCUUCUCCAACAACCUCUCCGCCAUCUAUCCGGGCACCUUCCGCCACCUGCAGGCGCUCGAGGAGCUGGACCUCGGCGACAACCGGCACCUGCGCUCUCUGGAGCCCGACACCUUCCAGGGCCUGGAGCGGCUGCAGUCGCUGCAUCUGUACCGCUGUCAGCUCAGCAGCCUGCCGGGCAACAUCUUCCGCGGCCUGGUCAGCCUGCAGUACCUCUACCUCCAGGAAAACAGCCUGCUCCACCUACAGGAUGACCUGUUCGCGGACCUGGCCAACCUGAGCCACCUCUUCCUCCACGGGAACCGCCUGCGGCUGCUCACGGAGCACGUGUUCCGCGGCCUGGGCAGUCUGGACCGGCUGCUGCUGCACGGGAACCGACUGCAGGGCGUGCACCGCGCGGCCUUCCGCGGCCUCAGCCGCCUCACCAUCCUCUACCUGUUCAACAACAGCCUGGCCUCGCUGCCGGGCGAGGCGCUCGCCGACCUGCCGGCGCUGGAGUUCCUGCGGCUCAACGCCAACCCCUGGGCGUGCGACUGCCGCGCGCGGCCGCUCUGGGCCUGGUUCCAGCGCGCGCGCGUGUCCAGCUCCGACGUGACCUGCGCCACGCCCCCGGAGCGCCAGGGCCGCGACCUGCGCGCCCUCCGCGAGGCCGACUUCCAGGCGUGCCCGCCCGCCGUGCCCACGCGGCCCGGCAGCCGCGCCCGCGGCAACAGCUCGUCCAACCACCUGUACGGGGUGGCCGAGGCCGGGGCGCCCCCCGCCGACCCCUCCACCCUCUACCGAGACCUGCCAGCCGAAGACCCGCGGGGGCGCCAGGGCGGGGACGCACCCACCGAGGACGACUACUGGGGGGGCUACGGGGGCGAGGACCAGCGGGGCGAGCAGACGUGCCCCGGCGCUGCCUGCCAGGCGACCCCGGACUCCCGCGGCCCCGCGCUCUCGGCCGGGCUCCCCGCCCCUCUGCUUUGCGCCUUGCUCCUGGUCCCCCACCACCUCUGACUGCGGUGCUGAGACUGAAGAGGCCGGUGUGUCUCGCUCCCCCUCAUCCCUCAUCCCCCGUCGCCAGCGGCGGCUCUGGCCCAGUCCCCGCCCUCUGGCCGGCGGCCUU